GGCGCGUGCGCCCGCUCGCGGUGGGUCCGCGGUGCCCUGCCCAGCGCUCCCGGAGGAGCGGCCGCCGGCGCCCGGGUACCCGGUGAGGCGCGUGCCGGGGGCUGCGGGGUGAGUGCGCCGCCGCGGGCACGGCCGGCGCGGGCACGGCCGGCGCGUGCGGGGCGCGCCCUGGGCGUACGGUACCCGCUCAUCCCCUCCGUGGGUCCCGUGAAGGGAGGGAUUCGGGCAUCGCGCUCCCGCCGCGUUCCCCGCCGGCGCCCACGGCGCGCGCGCUCCCCCCUCCUGCGGCGGGGCUCCCACGACUCUGGCCGCUUCGCGCGGGUGCGGCCAGUCGGGGUCUGAGCGCCGCCGCGACCUCCCCCGGGGCUCUUACCCGGGCGGCGGCACCCGUGCGCACGUGCUCCGCCCGCGGGGCGCGGGGUGUCCCCGGUCACCCACGCCACCAGGAGGGCCCGCGUUGGUCUCCCGCCCCCGAGCUGGAACAGCCUCAUCUCCUGCAGGGCUGCGGGCAGCCGGGGCAGCAUGGCGCCCUCUGGCCAGGCGGUGGAGAAGCAGGAGCCCCCGGGGCCUGGGCUGGACCCCGAGCUCAAGUCCUGGAAGUGCCUGGUGUUCUACCUAUGCUUCUACGGCUUCAUGGCCCAGAUGCGGCCCGGGGAGAGCUUCAUCACACCCUACCUCCUGGGCACCGAUAAGAACUUCACGCAGGAGCAGGUCACCAACGAGAUCACGCCGGUGCUGUCCUACUCGUACCUGGCGGUGCUGGUGCCCGUCUUCCUGCUGACCGACUACCUGCGCUACACGCCGGUGCUGGUCCUGCAAGGCCUGAGCUACGUCUCCGUGUGGCUGCUGCUGCUGCGGGGCAGCUCCGUGCUGCACAUGCAGUUCAUGGAGCUCUUCUACGGCGUCACCAUGGCCGCCCGCAUCGCCUACUCCUCGUACAUCUUCUCGCUCGUGUCCCCCGCCCGCUACCAGCGCAUGGCCGGCUACUCGCGCGCCGCCGUGCUGCUGGGCGUCUUCACCAGCUCCGUGCUGGGCCAGCUGCUGGUCACCGUGGGCGGGAUCCCAUUCUCCACGCUCAACUACAUCUCCCUGGCCUUCCUCACCUUCAGCCUGGUCCUCGCCCUCUUCCUGAAGCGCCCCAAGCGCAGCCUCUUCUUCAACCGCAGCGCCCCCGAGCGCGAUGGGGCCUCGCCCUCCGAGCUGGACCGCAUGAACCCGAGCCCGGCCUGGCCCGCGGACACCAAGCCGGGCCGGGCGCUGCUGGGCGCUUGGCGGGACUGGACCCUGGUGCGCAUGCUCCGGGAGCUGGGGGACAACAUGCGGCUGCCGCAGCUGCGCCUCUGGUCCCUCUGGUGGGUCUUCAACUCGGCCGCCUACUACCUGAUCGUCUACUACGUGCACAUCCUGUGGAGCUUGGUCAACCCCACCGCCGACACCUCCUCCGUCUACAACGGUGGGGCGGACGCCGCGUCCACCCUGCUCGGUGCCAUCACCUCCUUCUCCGCGGGCUUCGUAAAGAUCCGCUGGGCGCUGUGGGCGAAGCUGGUCAUCGCGGGCGUGACGGCAGUGCAGGCCGCGCUGGUCUUCCUCAUGUACAGCACGAGCAGCGUCUGGCUGUGCUACGUGGCCUUCGUGCUCUUCCGCGGUGCCUACCAGUUCCUGGUGCCCGUCGCCACUUUCCAGAUCGCGUCCUCUCUCUCUAAAGAGCUCUGUGCCCUGGUCUUCGGAGUGAACACAUUCCUCGCCACUGUCCUCAAGACCAUCAUCACCCUCAUCGUUUCCGACAAGCGAUGUCUGGGCCUCCCCGUGCACUUGCAGUUCCUCGUCUACUUCGUGUUCUUCCUGGUGCUGUUCCUCGUCUACCUCUCGGGGGCCGUGCUCGUGCUCCUGCAGCACCUCCGGACAGGCCGCCCCGCACCCCCCCCGCCCCCGGAGGAGAAGGCCAAGCAGGUGCUGAGCCUGCAGGACACAGGCCUCAACGGGCCACGGCCCGCACCCCCCACGCCCGCCCUGGACAGCAGCGCGUGGACAGCAGAGGCGGCCCCUCCGGAGCAGAACCGGCAGCCUGAGGCCAAGGCCUGACACAGCCCGGCCUCGCGGGGGCCCAGCCUCCUCGACGCCCGAGGCAGCCCGCCCGCCGUGCUCUGCGUCCUGGGGCCUGGAUGGGUCAGAGCGGCGCCCCCCCGCCCGGCAGCUCUCCCGGGACCCGGGUUCUGGCAGGGUCCACAUGCCAGUGUUCACGCUGUGGAGCCAGCGCCCGACGGGGACCCUGGGUGGGCACCCCUGCGGCCCACACCCGGGGGCUCGUGCGGAGGGGGCCCCGGGUACCGGUUCCUGUCCCUGCCCUGUCACCUGCUGGGGCGCUGCGGGCUGGCUUGCGGUCCCCUUGGCGGAGAGGGGCUUCCGCGUGCCCACCAGGCCUCUGCACCCUCACCCCCUCCACCCACGUGAGGCGGGUCCUGCUUGUCCCGGGGACCAGGGAGGGGCCGCGGUGCCAGCCCAGGGACUUGGUCCCCGCAGGGCGCACUCUGCCCCGUGGCACCGGGCCCGGAGCCCUGCUGCCCGGAGCCUGUGGCUAAACUGUGAGGCCAGUUGUCCAGGUACUUGCUUUAGACUGUGCUCUGUCCCUUUCCACAAGCUGACCUAAACAGGAAACCUCAGGGGGCCCCUGUCUCUGGGGGAGACACCAGGCAUUGGCAGGCGGGCACCUGCCUGUAGGGCGGAUGCAGGAACACGGGGCCCGGAGCCCUGCUUCUCCCCUGGUGGGUUAACCCUGACCUACCUCACUGGCAAGCGCAGGCCGCUCAGGGCCGCCCGCUCACGGGCCAGCCCGCGUGGGACCCCCGCGCACACCGCCCCGAGGUGCAAGGCGUGUGCUCUCUCCAAGAUCAGACCACGAGCCCUGCGCGUGGCGGGCCCCCUGGUCCUGUCUGUGGCCCCCGGCCUGGGUGGGGGGCUGGUCAGGAGGCCAGGAAGGCGGCCCGGCCCCAGGCAGGAACCCACACCGGGCCCACAGGUCCUGGAGCGAGCACGGCCCCCCUGCAGCCCUCGUCUCAGUAGCGCCCACGCCCCGCGGGACGGCAGGCACGGCCAGCUGCUCGGGCCCGCUGGGUGCAGACAGGUCGGAACGGCGCUCCUGACCCAGAGGCUGCUGCGCCCGCCUGCGCCCAGGCCUCCCUCCGGGCCGCCUCGGGGCGCGGGGCAUCUCGGGAGGAUGCUGGGGGGGACGGUGCAUCCACGCGGGCUCUUCCCUGACUCCUCACUGCACCCUGGGCCCCGAGGACCCUGUAGGGAGGGCGCGCUGUUCCCCGUCCCUGCCGAGUCCUGCAGGGCUGAUGGGUGGAGGGCGGCGUGUCUUGCCUGGUCGCUGACCUCACGGUGAGGGCUUUGCUCCCGCCCCUCGAGCCCUCCCACCAGCGGGUGGCCCAGCUGCCCGGUCCCGCAGUGGGCUCCACGCGCCGCCGUGGCUCUGGGGAGAUGGCGGUGCUGGGUCUGCAGGACCCCGGGCCACCCCCAGGCGCGCUCGGGGGAGAGGGUUCGUGCGCCAGCACCCAUGCACCCUGCUGUGCCCCUGACGUCCCGAACCUCCGCCCACAGCCACCCCUCCACCCGCUGGGCCAGCGCUCCAGCCCCGACAGUGGAGGCGGCUGUGAACGGAGGGUCAGUGGGAAAGGCCGUUUUUAUUUGGAGCCUGUCUGCAAAGCACGUGACCCGGUUGCCAGAGCAGCCGCCGUGCCUUACAGAGCAGUGUUCACACCGCGCUGGGGUCCUUGCCCACGACCCUUCCAGCACGACCACCUGGCGCCCCACAGCGUCCCCGCCAGGGCUUGGCAAGGCCGGUCUCGUGAGCGGUGUCGUGGCCAAGGGCACGUGCGGCCGUCCUGUUAGCCUCAUGCCUUGUGUUAAGUAAGCUUCGUGCCCAGCGUGGGGCUUGAACCCCCAAACCAGGAGAUCGUGACCUGAGCUGAGAGCAAGAGUCUGAGGCACCCGGGCGCCCCUUGCCUCUGGGGUUUUGAGCUCCCUGUCCUGCAAAGGUGAACCUGGGACCCCGGGCCCGGCGGGCAGGCAGGCAUGCCGGCUGGGGAGCCGGGUGCGGAGAGUGGGCCCUGCUGGGUUCUCGGAUGUGGUCCUGGGCGGGGCCCCUCAAAACUCCUAGCCGGGGACGUCUGGCUGCCUCAGUGGAGUUUUUGAUCUCAGGGGCGUAGUUUGAGCCCCACGCUGGGCGUGGACGUUACUUCUGACUCUGCCUGCGUGGCCUUGGCUGCAGGAAGGUGGCGUGGGGCAACUGAAGAUGGGCCUGUCACCAGCGCACAGUGGCGUCGGGUCAAGGCUGGAGCCUGGGGGCAGCGGUGGCACUGGUUUGGGGAACAGCCCCGGCCUGGGGGGCGGCUGCAACAGGCCAAGGAGAGGCGGCCCCACCCUGCACCCGUGGCGUGAGCCGCCCCUUCGGCUCACAGCUGGGGAAGGGGCCCCUGCCAGGCCCCCCCCCCCCCCCGUGCAGCACAUCCCUCUGCCACCGAGCGGGUCUGCCUCCGGGCCUGAGUGGGGCCGGGAGGGCAGGGGACAGCCUCGUGGGAGGCGGGGAGAGAAACUCUCGGCAGCAGGUUUUGUUUUAAACUUUUUAAAAAAUACA